AACACUUGCCAACUCAACUACGCUUUAAUAUUUAUCUUUGUAUGAUAUAUUUCAAUUCAGAUAGUUAUUUAUAAUUGUAGGAUAUCUGCCAAAUAUUAAAAGUCCAUAAACACAGUAAUGGAUGCUCAGUCGGGAUGUUACGAAUUUGAAAGUUUACCAAUUUUCAGAGAACCACUCUGCUUAAUAGAUGAAGACAUUAAUAUUGUUCCAGAGGUCUUAAAACAAGUAAAGACCAUUGACUGUCCGCUGGUAGUUGUUGCAGUAACAGGACUGUACCGAACAGGAAAAUCAUAUUUGAUGAACCGCUUGGCUGGUUUAAAAAGGGGUUUUCAACUUGGUCAUACUGUCGAGCCUGAAACUAAAGGAAUAUGGGCACUGUGCAAAAUUAAUCCCACAAAACGCGAUCAUGUCCUUAUGUUUCUGGACACAGAGGGCUUAUGCUAUGUUGGAAAGGAGGACUCCAGCCACGACAAUAAGAUUUUUGUUCUGUCAACUUUGUUAAGCAACGUUCUUUUGUACAACAUAUACUCGUGCUUCAACAGCGAUGCUAUAGAAAAGACGACAUUUAUUACAGAACUGUCAAAAAAUAUAAAGUUCCAGAAUACAAAAGAAGAAGAUUCGAGCGAUAAAUUACAUACGAUUAUGCCAACAUUUGUCCUUUGCUUAAGGGACUUUUGUCUCUGCUUAGAGAAAGAUGGAGUAGAGAUAAGUGCAGACGAGUAUCUGGAGGCUUGUCUUGAAAUCAACUGUAAACAUGGAGUUUAUGACAGAGAUUCGGACUGGGCUAGGAAAUGUAUAAAGAAGUAUUUCCCGCAGCGCAAGUGUUUUACUUUCGACAGACCAGCAGAUAGAAUGAAUAUUAACCGGUUAGAGGAUACUUACGAAGCGAAUUUGUCAGAAGAGUUUAGAGAAGAUAUUGACAGAUUAAGGAAAUACAUUUACAAUCUGACUCCCGUAGCUUCGGCCAACAGUAUACCUGUCACUGGAACUGUGUUUUCUCAUCUUGUAAGAACAUAUACGCAAGCAAUAAGGGAAGGCAAAAUUCCAGAUGUUGAUGACGCUUUUACGGUGGCUAAAAAGUUUGAAAAUGAAAGGAAAAGGCAAAAUGCUAUUCUCGAGUUCCAGUCACAGAUUUCACAGAUCAAACUUCCGAUUCUGGACAAAAUCGAACUCGAAAGUUCCUUUGAAAAAAUUCAAAAAUCCGUUGUUACCACUUUCAGACCACAAUUUACACUGGCGGCUUAUGGAAUUAAAGCAGAGUUAUUGCAGGCGCACCACUCCCUCUAAAGAUGUAACAGUAAACCUUUGCUUACGGCCACCUCUGAAUAAAGGCCACCUGUGACUAAAGGUCAGAGUCUGGGAACACCUACUGAAACAUCUCUAAACAAAGAUCAAAUGUGGACAAAAUUAAGGUUUUGUCAUUUACUGGAGGUAGCUUUUUUCACAGGUUUGACAGUAUAUUGAAAAAAAAAUUUUUUGAACCGUUUUUUUUUAUUAAUAAUAGUGAAAACUUCCGAGAAGGAAGAUUUGUCAACUUGCCAUUGUUCACAAGUCUUAACAAUGUAGUCAUAGGAAAAAAAAACAAGAGUUUAAUUUAUAAUCAGAGCUUUCUUUGGAUAACAGUGUACAUGUUAUAUACAGUGUAAGUGUAGAUACUGUUCUGUUUGCAGUAGGAAACAGAAUGUUAGGCCAUCCUUAAAAGCAGGGGCGGCAAAUUCAAUUGUCCGUAUUGCCCGGGUUGUCCCAAAGCUUGUACGGAAAAGUGAAAUUUGACCAGAAUUUACUAUAUAACUAUCAUACGGACAAGUAAAAAAUAGCAAUUGACAAAAACGGACAAGCAAGUCACAAUCAAAUUUCGCCACCACUGAAAAAGAGUGUUUGUUGCCGGAAUAUUUUGAUAUGGGUAGUUGGGAAGGUAUGUUUAUUUUUUCAUUUUUAUUUUUAAACAGAACUAGGACACAAGCUGUUUUUCAUCUAAAGUAGGAAAUUAACACCGAAAUUUAGUGUUCAUUUACAAGUUAUUUUGCAAUAAUAACUUAUUGAUAAGAAUAAUACAUGGGACUGACAGUUACUAAAAACACAAAUUUUCAAUAUAGGAAAACUUACAAUAGUAUGUUUAAUGACUGUUUGUCAUUUAGGGAUGAAACGGACCACCAGCAAAGACAAAUAAUUCUAUUUAGAUACUGAGUUACAGUCUGUGAAGGUUUGAAACUGGGUGCUAAUUUUAGUUGACUCCAUUGUAAUUUGUUGAGAAUAUUUGGUUGCCUGAUCGCAGACUGCAGUAAAUAGACUUAAAUGCAGACACACAGUUGAAGAAAACAAUUUUCAUUUAUUCAUAUUCUUUGUUUUACUUUGUAGUCUGACAGUGAUGGAGCGAAGAGAAUUGUUUCAAGUGCGGUUUGCUUGGUUGCACUGACAUGCUUGCGAGACCAUGUUUCAAACUGCGGACAAAAAGGUGUGGUUUCAAGUAAUAUCAAAGAUGUGAGGCCAUCUCCACACCUUAGUUGAGUAUUGAUGGUAGCCAGGAGAAUGUAACUUUAAACAUGGGACAUGUGUUUCAGUCCUUAAUUAUCGGAUGCCCAAUGUUGUCUAAGAACAUUGCUACUGGAAGAAUGGAAUUUAAUCAUAAAUCACGAAUGCUUUCUUAUGUGAAUACUUGUGCACCAUCAAUUUGCUUCUGCAAAACUAAUGAUCUUGUGAACUAGGAAAAGCUGUAAAAUCACAACGUCAUUAUAAUUGUAGAAGCUGAAGGCUUUUUCGAAAGGACUAUACGAGGUCAAGAAUAAUUCUUCGAUCUCUCUAUUUAAACAUUCAAUCUUGACCACGCUAGACCACUUGACAUGAUGUGUAUUUUCCAUUAAAAAAGAAAUAGCGGAUGUGAAAUCAUAAACUGCUGUCUACACAAGAUAACCGAUGUCCUUGUAUUUUUUUUUAAGUGAGUUUAAAAAGAAUUGAAAUAAAAAGAUGUUUAAAAAUAAUGCUAUGAUUAGGUUACUGUUUCACAUUACUGAACUUUUAUGCCAUUUUUAAAGGUACUUCUGCACGUUUGAUAAACCGUAAGUGAUGGCGUAACGUCAUCUAUCCGGAAAAAGUAGAAUAAAGCCUGGAUUCUGUGAACGGAAAUGAAAAUAGUAAAUGGCAACCUGUGAGUAAUUUAUCACAAUGGGACUGUUACUAUCUUUUCUAAGUUAAAAUAUGAUAUUAAAACAUGUUAAAUAAUUAACAAAAAUGUCUUUCAAAGCUUUCAAAUCCGUCUGGCAUAAGUUGAGGCAGACGACUAUGUCAUUUUUAUUUGAUGAAUUUUCGAAAUAUAGGCUGACGUUUUAAAAAAUCAUUGUUUAAUUAAAUUCUAUAUUGUAGAAAAAAAAAGAAGAUCCAAACGUGCAAAACUACCUUAAGUUUAAUCUGUGCAUUGAUGUUCGAAUUGUAUCUUGCAAUAUAUCACCGAUGCUAAAAUUCUCAACAGCCGCAUACUUUAAAACAAAAUUUACAGAAAUAGGUGACAAAAUUGUUCUUUCAAUAAAAUUUUAGAUUUUUUAUAGCCGUAUAUUAAUCUCAAAACAAAAAUACAAUGGAUUCUCUGAGGGAAACCGUAAUUAUACUCAAAGGUGCUACAUUGGAGUCAUGCUUUUGGUUUCUUGGGCUGUCCAUUUUUCCCACGCUGUCUCUAUGUUGAGUGUAAACAAACAUUUUCAUUGAUUUGACCUAGUGACCAAUUGUUUGACCCCACAUGACCCAGAUACGAUCUUGUCCAAGACUUGAUGACAACAAAUAUUCUGACCAACAUUUAUGACGAUAGAAUAAUAAAAUGUGACCCUAGGGUGUAAACAAACUUAUUCUUUGAUUUGACCUAGUGUUUUACCCCACAUGACUUUGAUAAAAAUCAAUACGAUAUUUUAUGCAGACAAACAUUCUGACCAAGUUUCAUGCACAUCAAAUGAUCAAUAGUGUUAACAGCUUUUCCUUUGAUUUGACUGGGUGACCUAGUUUCUGACCCCAUAUAACCCAGUUUCGAUCUUGGCCUAGGAACAAUCAAGAUAAACAUUCCGACCAAGUUUCAUGAAGAUAGAGUUAUAAAUGGGGCCUCUGUGUUGUUAACAAGCUUUCCCUUUGAUUUGACCGGACGACCUAGUUUUUGGCCCGACAUGCUCUAAUUUCGACCCAGGCCUAUAAAUCAUCAAGAUAAUUAUUCUGUGCAAGUUUGUAUCAAAUCAAAGCAUAAACCUCUAUAUGGCUGAAAAGGCCAAAACAGAAAAAUUUGCACCUUUCAGAGGCAGUCACUCUAGAACCCAUGAUGGAAUCUAACCGGUUUUCUAAAGAAACUGAGACCUUAUUGUGACUGAAGUUGUGCGUAAGUGUAAGUGUGGUUAAAAACAAAUAUAAAAUAUCACUUCUAUCAUGUUCACAAGGUAAAAAUUUCCAACUUUUGGCUCUUUUUAGUGUCAAUCAGGGGCCGUUACUAUAGAACCUAUGAUUGGAUCUGACACAUUCACCAUGGAAUCCAAGAUUUAUUGUUGUUGAAGACAUUUUGCAAGUUUGUAUCAAAUCAAACCAUAAAUAAAGUCUCUAUAUGGCUGAAAUGGUAAAAAUAGCAAACUCUGGAAGUAAUGACGGAAUCUGGCCAGUUUUCAAAAGGAACCGAGAUAUUAUGCCGAUAAAUACGAGAUGCGUGUUAGUUUGAUUAAAGUUGAUUGAAAAAUGUUGUCUCUAUAGUGUUCACAAGCAAAAACUAGCAUAUUUUGGUCCUUAAAGGGGCAAUAACUCUUGAAGCCAUGAUUUGAUCUGGCUAGGUUUCUAAAGGAACCGAGAUAUUAUGCCAAUACGAGUUGCGUUUUAGUUUGAUUAAAGUUGAUUCCAAAAUGUGGUAUCUAUCACGUUCACAAGUAAAAAUAGAAAAUUUUGACCUUUUAAGGGGGCAUAACUCUGGAACCCAUGAUGAGGUCUGGCCAGUUUUUGAAAGGAACUGAGAUAUUAUGCCAAUACAAAAUGUGGUCUCUAUCGUGUUUACAAGAAAAUAGCGAACGGAUGGAUGGACGGGCGACGAACGGACAGGCAACGAACGAGUGACGAAGGGUGAUCACAAAAGCUCGUCCUAUCACUAUGUGAUAGGCGAGUAAAAACAUGUUCACUUGAAAUAAGGUUUUUAAUAAGUAAAACAUUUGAAGGCAUAUGAAGACACAUAACCUGAAAAUUUCAAAUGAAAAUAUUAAGAAUGUUUGGAUUUAUUAUAGUUAUCUAAAAUGGGUAAUAACCAGAAGACAUUUUUGUCAUUGUUUCUUCAUAACUUUAGCAUUUUACUUGCUGGUUAUAAAUGACUUCUAUUACUAUGAAUUUUUAUAUUUGUGAUGCUUAAAGUAGAAAAAUGCAGCAAAAUAAAAUCUUUUAUAUUUUCUUUAAAAACAUUAUUCAAAUUGGGUUACCAAGGUAACAUAUGCAUUUAAUUCCUUUUUUUCUAUAAUUAUAGUACUUAAAGAAAAAAGCUUAAUUUGAAAUGAUGUUUCUAAUCAGCUGAAUAUUUGAAAGGAUAGGUAUUCAAAAGUAAAGUCUAAAUAUUUUAUGUGACAAGAUUAAAAAUGUUUGAUUUAUGACAGAUUUUGUAACAGGGGUAAUAACCAUAAGAAUGAACUAUUUCAGUCAUUGUUUCUUCAAUUUGUGUAUUUCACUUAUUGGUUAUCACAGGCUAUUUUUAAAGUAAUGAAUCUUACAUUACAAUGAAUAUUUAGAUCUUCACUUAAAGUGCAAAUAUCUGGCUAACUAAAAUCCUUCACAUUUUCUAUAGAAACAUUAAUAAAUUGUGUUACCAUGGCAACAUAUGCAUUCGAUUCUGUUUUCUACAAUGAUACUUUGAAACAAGAGCUAAAUUUGGAAAAGUGUUUCAUAUAAAUUGAAUAUUAUAAAGUAUAUAUAUAGAAAAAUAUAAUCUGAAA